GUCUCUCGAACCGGGCAAAGCACCUCUGCUGAAGACGAUAAUGUUGACACUCGUUUUCUUGCUCUUGGGCGCUUAUGCUGUUUCACCAGUGAUUACUACUGCUGACUGUCCAGAUAAUGGUGAUGGGUGGAAGGGUUACCUUCCCAAAGAAGUUCACUGCUGAGACUUGGGGUACAGGAACCACGGCAAUAAAUUUCUUCAAAUCAGAUUCUUCACAUGGAAUCUUGACUUACCUCAUACUGUAUGCUGACGAAGACUGCCUGCUUGUAAAGUUGGUCUAUCGGAGCACUGUUAAACUUCGUGCCUGUGAACUGUUGGUGAGAGACAGGUUCUUUCAGCAUACCAAGUCAUCCGAAUGUUGCAACUAUCAGUUUAGGAUCAAUUGUGAUCCAGUUGUACAAACAUUGUACAACCCCAACGAAUGUGCUGCCUUGGACAAAACUAAAAAAGGAUAAAGGAAACCAAAGAAAAACUCAGAUAUGAUGGGAACACGAGCUCGCUGCGCAGGACACGUCACUUUAAAUAAAACAGUCAUCAUAUAGUUACGAUUG